CUUCUUUUCAAUCGCGCGAUCAGUCUUCUUCACUGAUUCGUUCUCGUUUUUCUCCUCAUCCAUUGUUGACAGCAGCAGCUACUUCAAGCUUUUCUGUUUUGUGGGAGGGGGGUUUAUGGUUUCUCCGGGCGUGUGAUAGUGGAGGAUUAGAUCUCUGUUUCAUCUUACACAAGUUAGAUAGAGAGAUAAAGAAAGAGAGGCUUAAACAUUUGGUCCAUUUUGAUCGUCAGAUUUGUUCUUAAACUGAAAUUGCAUUGCGGUUGAAUCAAGAUGCAGAGUUCCUUCUCUAAGAUGACGGCGUUUCUGCUGGCGAUUUUGGUUUUGGGUUCGACCCUUCUCUGCAAUUCCACUGCAUACGGUACUCACUCUUCUUCUCCAGAAACUACCAUGCACACCAACAACUGGGCUGUCCUAGUCUGCACUUCUCGCUUCUGGUUUAAUUACCGGCACAUGGCCAAUACUUUAUCCUUGUAUAGGACAGUUAAGCGGUUGGGAAUACCUGAUGAGAGGAUUAUACUGAUGCUAGCUGAUGACAUGGCUUGCAAUGCGAGAAACAAGUACCCUGCACAAGUGUUCAACAACGAAAACCACAGACUUAAUUUGUAUGGAGAUAAUGUUGAGGUAGAUUACAGAGGUUAUGAAGUGACAGUUGAAAAUUUUCUAAGGGUUUUAACUGGACGUCAUGCAACUGCUGUUCCAAGAUCAAAGCAACUUUUAAGUGACGAAGGAAGCCACAUUCUUUUGUACAUGACAGGUCAUGGGGGAGACGAGUUUUUAAAAUUUCAGGACUCUGAAGAACUCCAAAGUCAUGACUUAGCUGAUGCUGUGAAACAAAUGAAGGAAAAGCGUAGAUUCAAGGAGUUGCUAAUAAUGGUGGACACUUGCCAAGCUGCAACGCUCUUCAAUCAGCUUCAUUCACCAGGCGUGUUGGCCAUUGGAAGUAGCAUGAAAGGCGAGAAUUCCUACUCACAUCACUUGGACCCAGAUAUUGGUGUUUCUGUGGUGGAUCGCUUUACAUAUUAUACCCUUGCUUUCUUUGAGAAGCUAAAUAUGUACAACAAUGCCUCAUUGAGCAGUCUUUUCAGCUCAUAUAAUCCAAAUACAUUGAUGUCAACGGCGUACUACCGAACUGAUCUUUACCAAAGGCAGUUGGAGGAGGUACCCGUGACAAAUUUCUUCGGUUCUGUCAUGGAGACAAUACACACAGAUUCCGCUUACAGAGUCGUCUCAAGAAAAAAGUAUGGCGAGGUUGAAACUAUUAUGCUUUCGGAAGAAUCACUUCACCAUGAUGAAAGAUCAUUGAUGAAUUUAAGCGUUAGGGAUCAAGUUGGUAAUACAGAGAGUUCUUUUGGAGACAUAUGGAGUUUAUUUUACCACAAAGUGGAGAAAAUUGAAGACGCUGAUACCUUGGUUAACUAUGGCUUGUUAGCAAUGCUUCCAGUGCUGGCAGUUUUCACUUGGCUAUCAUCUUGAAGAAUUGAAUCUAUAUCAUCUGGGCGAUUUCUCAUACUCUAGACAACUCUUCCUUGCUGCGAAACUAGUUCUCACAUUCUUUCAGUCACUGGCCUUAUAAAUUAUGCUGUAAUUUCUUUUUUAUUACUUGCUCUUCUCUGUUCAUGUUUAAAACCUUUGUAGAAAAAAGAGCAAAAACAUGACGAGGAAAAGCAGAAUUCCAAAGAAAAUCAAUGGUUUUUAGUUGGACUUUCGAUUUGGCCAAAUCGUCGGUUGGUUAACGUAUGUUGUUUGUAAUUCACUCUUUGUUUAAUUGGUUGGGAUUAGCAUGCUUUGUGUA